UCCAUACUCUGCCCCGAAGUCCUCCCCCAACUACCAGGCUCAGGGCGUACAGGGAGGUGUGCGGUCCCUGUGCCCGGGCGUGGGGCCAAAUGCCGCCCCGCUUGGGCCAGCCCAGAGGCGCAGAGAAGCUGGACCCGGAGCCCCUCUCCAGGGCGGAGGGGCGCGGAAUCGCAGGGAGUGGACCCGGGUGCCUGCAACCCCGCGGGCCAAAACCCCCGCGGGCCGCGCAGCUGGGAGGAUGCCGACGGCUGCGGGGAGCGUGCGCGGCCACGUGACGGCCGCUAUAAGAGCGCCACGGGCGGACACUCGGCUCCCGCGGCGCCUCCCCUCUGGCCACGCCGCCUCCUGGCGCCCGGCGUCUUCCAGCCACCUACCUGCGGCUGCGAUAGCCGCCCGCGCCCCCCACGCCCGCCGCAGCACCAUGGCAGACCAGGCCUUUGUGACGCUCACCACAAACGAUACCUACGCCAAAGGAGCCCUGGUUCUGGGCUCGUCUCUGAAACAGCACAGGACCACCAGGAGGCUGGCCGUGCUUGCUACACCGCAGGUCUCGGACUCCAUGAGAAAAGUGUUAGAGACAGUCUUUGAUGAAGUCAUCAUGGUAGAUGUCCUGGACAGUGGUGAUUCUGCUCAUCUAACCUUAAUGAAGAGGCCUGAGCUGGGCAUCACAUUAACAAAAAUCCACUGCUGGUCACUUACUCAGUAUUCAAAAUGUGUGUUCAUGGAUGCAGAUACUUUGGUCCUAGCAAAUAUUGAUGAUCUUUUUGAGAGAGAGGAAUUGUCAGCAGCGCCAGACCCAGGUUGGCCUGACUGCUUCAAUUCUGGAGUCUUUGUUUACCAACCUUCAGUUGAAACGUACAAUCAGCUGUUGCAACUUGCUUCUGAGCAAGGUAGUUUUGAUGGUGGGGACCAGGGUUUACUGAACACGUUUUUUAGCAGCUGGGCAACAACAGAUAUCAGAAAACACCUGCCGUUUAUUUAUAACCUAAGCAGCAUUUCUGUAUACUCCUACCUCCCAGCAUUUAAAGUGUUCGGUGCAAAUACCAAAGUUGUGCAUUUCUUGGGACGUAUCAAACCAUGGAAUUAUACUUAUGAUCCCAAAACAAAAAGUGUCAAAAGUGAUGCCCAUGGUCCCACGAUGAUUCAUCCAGAGUUUCUAAACCUGUGGUGGGACAUUUUUACCACCAAUGUUUUACCCUUGCUUCAACAAUUUGGCCUUGCCAAAGAGACCUUCUCGUACCUAAACGUGCUUUCAGACUUGGUCUAUACACUGGCUUUCUCUUGUGGCUUCUGUAGAAAGGAAGAUGCAUCUGGAGCCAUGUCACAUCUGUCCCUUGGGGAGAUCUCAGCUGCAGCACAGCCUUUUGUAUCUUCAGAAGAACGGAAGGAGCGGUGGGAACAGGGCCAGGCUGAUUACAUGGGAGCAGAUUCUUUUGACAACAUCAAGAGGAAACUUGACACUUACCUUCAGUAGAAACACUUGUCAUAUUUCUGUGAACACAUCCACUUCAUGGGCUCCCGGGCACUUUUUCUGAUACUUAGUGUCUAGAACUGGGUUGAGAAAGGUCUGUUACAGUUGCUAGAGGCUUUCACUAAAAUUCAACAGAUGAAGGGUUUUUGCAGGUCAACAGGUGAGAACUGGGCAAAAGUUGUAAAGUAGCAUUUCUGUUUCAAGGACAGUGUUCUGCUUUUUAAUCCUACACUUACUCAGUUAAUGUUUCAGAAAUUCUCAGUUCCUAUUUGCCAAUGUAUGUGGUAAGGGAAACUCAAUAUUAAAUGCUUAAAAUGUACGGAGCCAGGCUUCAACUCCAUCUCCCUUCAGAAAUGGGACAUGGCAUCUGUCCCUUGCUUGCGUGUUGCAUCCUUCACUAGACUUGCAUUUUAGAAUUGCCCAGAGGCUGCCAGAGUGAUUGUAAUUCUGCUUUCAGGUAAAGGAAACUCGUAACACUGCUGAGUGAUUUCAUAAACAUUAUCAACAAAUGGAGUUAUCACAUUUCACUUCCUAGUCUUAGCAUAUGAAGAUGUUCACCAGUUUUCAAUGUACAGUAAGGCAGCAUGCUAAAAUGCUUUUGUUCAGUUCUGUAUAUCUGAAAAUAGCAGUGUGUUCUAUGAAUGAUAACCUGCAGUGGCCCUCUGUAUGAAAAAUAAAGACUUAUUGCCAUCA